UAUAUAGCUUUGAAAUUGUGUUCAAAAAUUGGGAAGAAUAUGUAACUGCUAAAUGUAAAACAAUUCGAAUACAUUUUUUUUGUUAAGCUCCCAAACAUUGGGAACUUGAAGCUUUUCGAAAAAUCGGCAACAAGGGAAGUGCGUGCAGAUUGUGAUAUCAUAAGGCGCACCUAUAUAUAUAAGGAUUUGGGUUCUUGACACACUUGUAUAUUUAUAUAUAUUCGGGAACUGCAAGGAAUAAGAAUUUAGGAAGAAUGCGCAACGAUAGCGAAGGGAUUGAUGUAGGUACAACCACUGAUGUGGACGAACGUUCCGAGGCAGAGGGUCACCUUGUGUCAGAGGAGGAUGAGGCCUGCGUCCUGCCCAGCGGCAGUCGCACUCUGGACAAACGCCUAAAUCCGGAGGCUCCCGACUUUGUGCCCGGCGUAACAAACCGCUUGCUGGCCGCCAAAAUAGUCGACGAAUUGGUUGGCUAUACACGCUGGAGCAACGCCGCAGGCGAGGACAUAUCGUACGGAGCGCGUUAUGAUGGCAUCUGGAGCGAGAGCUGCAUUCAUUCCCAGACGGAGGCGCAGCUGGAGCUGGCUCCCCGCGCCGAGCGCGAUGUCACAGGCGGCAUGCAACAGCUGCCCAAUAUCAUCGAGUCUGUGGGCGACCUGGAGCGGCAGCCGUCGAUGAAGAAGCGAUCCAAGAGCCACAAUCAAUGCGAAGUCGAACCAGGUGCCGAAACUACACCGACUGGUCGCUGCUGUGCCUGCGAAAUCAUGUAGUUGUCCUUGUGUUCAUUUUAUCUAUAAUAGUUAUACUUAUUAAAGCAUUGUCUCACUAUAUUUAAGAGAAUAAACGCCUAACUGACACGCCCAAA